AUGAAUCUCUGGGGUGAUGAAUUGGAAUUCCUCGUCGAACAGACAUCGAAACGCAUCGAUGGAAGUGAAAACUAUCUUUUUCUAAGUUUUUCUUUCCUUCUAUCUACCCACCUUCUCUUUCUCUGUCGAUUAUUUCCCCUUCUUUCUCUCUCUUUCUUUCUUUAUUUCUUUCUUUCUGUUGAAUAUUUCUUAAUUUUAUUCUCACUCAUUCUAUUUCUUCUGCAUUAUUUUACUAUCCUUCUUUUUUCCUUGUACUUAACCACUCUCUCUUUCUUUCCAAUUCUUUCUUUCUUUCUUUCUUUCUUUCUUUCUUUCUUUCUUUCUUUCUUUCUUAGCAACUCUCUUCUGCUUCAUUUUACUAUCUUUCCAAUUCUUUCUUUCUUUCUUUCUUUCUUUCUUUCUUUCUUUCGUUCUUUCUUUUGUUCUUUCUUUCUUUCUUCUAUUUACAACAACUCUCUUUCUUUUACAUAA